AUUGGAUCUAUCCUCAGAUCAUUCAUAUUCUACGACUUACGAUCUAAACGCGACCAACGCCCAUCAACGCGAUUCCCAUCUCGCAUUACCCUCACUCACUCCUCUGCCACCCGCACAACAUCUUAUAUCGAGUGGCGCAUUCCUUAAACCCGGCAAGACGGUGGUGCCUGCCCAAUGCAACGACAAUCAACUCAUAAAGUAGAACGCCAUUACCCUUGAUCGUUUAGCCCCCGUCGUCUCCUUUGGCCAUCACCCAGAUCCUGCCCAUAUCUCCCAGCAAGGGGUGUGUCGUCGAUAAUGGAUCCCGAACAACUAUAUACCAAACAGAAUUGCAUAGGAGGUGGAAGUUUCGGCAAAGUCUACAAGGGUGUCGACAAAAGGACUGGUCAGGCAGUCGCCAUCAAAAUCAUCGAUGUGGAAAAUGCUGAAGAUGAGGUUGAAGACAUCAUUCAAGAGAUCUCCAUUUUGUCCGAACUCCAGUCUCCUUAUGUCACAAAAUACCAUGGCUCUUUUUUGAAAGGCUCUGAUCUGUGGAUCAUCAUGGAGUUCUGCUCAGGGGGGAGUUGUUCUGACUUGAUGAGACCAGGGCUCAUUCACGAAGACUACAUCUGUAUCAUCGUUCGAGAACUGCUCAUGGGUUUGGACUACCUACACGGCGACAAGAAGCUGCACCGAGACAUCAAGGCAGCCAAUGUACUACUUGGUGCUAAUGGGCAGGUCAAGUUGGCCGACUUUGGUGUUUCGGGCCAGUUGUCUGCUACCAUGACCAAGAAGAAUACCUUCGUGGGCACUCCUUUUUGGAUGGCUCCAGAAGUCAUCAAGCAAUCAGGUUAUGAUCACAAGGCAGAUAUAUGGUCCUUGGGAAUCACCGCCAUUGAGCUCGCCCUGGGGGAGCCCCCGUAUGCGGAUAUUCACCCCAUGAAAGUUCUCUUCCUAAUCCCCAAGAAUCCUCCUCCAACGCUUCAGGGCAAUUUCUCACGCACCUUCAAGGAUUUUGUCGAGCUCUGCUUGCGGCGAGAUCCUAAGGAACGUCCAUCCGCCAAAGAGCUCCUGAAACAUCCUUUUGUGAAAAAGGCCAAAAAGACCACAUACCUGACCGAACUUAUCGAACGGAAUGAGAGAUACAUGGCCACUCGUGGCGGUCGCUCUUCCGACGAUGAAGAAGAAGAGGAAGACUAUGCUCCGGUUAUACAUGAUCCAGAAAACGAUGACUUGUGGGAUUUUGGCACAGUAAGGCCAAUCGGAACGCGUGGUACGGGAUUGCGGGAUAUGAAUGACUCCGCGACUAAUGCCCGCGCUUCAGCCGAACCUGUCGUCGCCAAAGGUCAAUCAAAUUGGGAUGAGACUGUCAAAAUUCCGGCCUCGCCACAGAAGUCCCCCGUCAAAGCCACGUUUCCUCCAACUCCAUCCAAAGUCGCCUUACCCCCUUCACCGAAUAAAUCAUCGUUUGCUGGAGCCGAACCAAAACCAGCGCCAGUCGUCAACCCGCAGACUCCGUCUGCCGCCUCGGCCGGAAAGACAAAUCACAGUCCAGAUUCCAACGGUUAUGAUAAGGCCAUUCAGGCGCAGAUAGCAAGAGACAUGGGAUUUCUAAAGCUUGACGACAUGAAUAGCCCUCACCUCAAAUCUUCGACACCACCAGGAAAGAAGCCAAAGAUGACAAUUCCAGAAAUUCCCCCAUUCCGUGGCGUGUCUGGUCAGGGGCCGCCCCUGCGACAGCCGUCAGCCAGCAAGGCAUCCGGGCAGCAACCUCUGCCUCCAUUUUCACCAAAAGACUUGCCAUCAUUGCCUCAGUCGCAAACAUCAACGGCAAUGGCUAAUCAGUGGGGCUCAUCUGCCGGACAACCUGUGCCAAGUCAAUCGUCGCAUCCUUCACAAGCUGCACUCAUCAGCAAUAUGGCCGCUCAGCAGGCAGGCUACGACUCCUCCCAAGAAUUGACAGCUCUCAAUUCUGUAAUUAUCCCAGCGCUAGAGGCUGCGAUGCAUCGCCGAACAUACAUGCUGAAAGAACUCGCAAGGUCAAGUAAACUCAGCCCUUCGGCAGCUGCCGAAAUGCAACAACAACGAGUACAAACACACGAAAAAGUCAGAAGGUUGAUUGCAAAGACUGCAGGCUUGUUCCACGAGAUUCAGGCCUGUGACGCGGAAUGUCCGGUUGGCAUGGGUGGUGGAGUUACCGAGUUCUUGGAAGGCUUUUUGGAAGAGAUUCUAGUUAGGGUUGAGGCAGCCGAUGAACCCCAGCAAAGUCCACGAAGGACCUGAGCCUGGGCUGACCUGGACUAAUGACAGACGAUGAAGAGGAACAUUGUAUAUUAUGCAUGAGACACGGUUGGGCACGAGGCUGUUAUGCAUCAGCCGCGUUUCGCCAACACGCGAACAAACGAUAGGCCUUUAAAAUUGGCCAUGUUAAGAAAUAGGCAUUGCUGAAGUGGCG